GCUUCCUUUGUGCUGACUACUUGGGGUAAGCGAGGGCACAUGCUCUGCAGAAUGACUCUGACUGUGGGCUCUCAGUAUCUGGGACUCCAGAUGGCUCCAAGAAAGUAUCGGUCUCCUAUACCGGCUGUUAUGUCUUUGAAUGGGAUGGCAAUUACCUCAUGCUGGUUGGGCUUGAAGGAACAGAUGCUGCUGGACAAAAGGUUCUUCGUGAAGAGAAGCUGCUCAGGUGCCCUGCGGACCUUCCUGCCCUGGAUGCUCCAAGCAGUAGUGUAUGUUCUGCUGUCCUCACCCAAGACCGGCUGCCAUGUGCCUCCUUGCCUAUCAGCCAGGGAGACUGUGAAGUUCAAGGCUGCUGCUACGACCCUAGGGACAGGGUGAAGCCUUGUUAUUUUGGUAACACAGUGACAGCUCAUUGCACACCAGAUGGCCAGUUUUCCAUUGCUGUCUCUCGGGAUGUGACCCUGCCACCCGUUAUCCUGGACUCUGUGCAACUGGCCAGCGGCCACAGUAUUGGCUGUGUCCCUGUUGUGAAAAACAAUGCCUUUGUCAUGUACCGGUUCCCACUCUCUGCCUGUGGCACCACUUUUCAGGUGACUGGAGACCAGGCCAUAUAUGAGAAUGAGUUGGUGGCAUCCAGGGAUGUGAAGACUGGGAGCCUUGGCUCUGUCACUAGGGAUAGCACUUUCAGGUUACAUGUCCGCUGCAGUUACUCCAUCACUGGGAGCUUCGUUCCCUUGAGUGUUCAGGUCUUCACAUUGCCACCACUCCCUGCUGUGUCCCAGCCAGGUCCUCUGUCCUUGGAGCUGCGCGUUGCCUCAGAUGGAAGCUAUACUUCCUACUAUACUGACAGCGACUAUCCUGUUGUGAAGACUCUGCGAGACCCUGUUUAUGCAGAAGUCAAGAUCCUUCAGAGAACAGACCCUGACUUGGUUUUAGUCCUGCACCACUGCUGGGCCACACCAAGUAGCAAUCCCCAGCAACGGUUGCAGUGGCCUGUUUUGGUGGAUGGGUGCCCUUAUGCAGGGGACAACUAUCAGACACAGCUGGUACCUCUGAAUCUUGCCUCAGGACUACUGUUCCCCUCUCAUUACCAGCGUUUCACCCUCUACACAUUCACCUUUGUGGACUCCACUUCCCAAGAGAUGCUCUCUGGGCUGGUGUACCUGCACUGCAGUGCUUCAGUGUGCCACCGGUCUGUACAGGAGUCCUGCACCACCACUUGUCCUGUUAGAGCCAGGGGUAAAAGGAGUGCUGAGCAUCCUCUUCAGGACGAUGCGUCCCGUGUCUCCAGCAAAGGCCCUGUGAUUUUCCUCCAGGAUGAGCUAAGAUGGGACACAGCCAAGGAUGGCCUUGGUAAGCAUGCCAGCCCAGCAUAG